AUGAGUAAGCAGGUAAAUGAUACUAGCAAGAAUGGUCUUGACCUAAAGACGCUGUUUGUCCGGAAUAUUCCGUUUGAUGCUACGGAUGCAGAGCUGACAGACUUCUUCUCGCAGUUUGCACCUAUUAAGCAUGCUGUGAUCGUAAAAGAUAAUGCGGGCUCGAGCAGAGGGUUUGGGUUUGUGUCGUUUGCUGUGGAAAGUGAUACACAGGCUGCAUUGGACAAGGGACGGAAAACACAGUUCAAGGGCCGUCUUCUGAGGGUGGAUGUUGCCAAAAGAAGAGAACGUUCGAAAAAAGGCGAUGAGGCCGAGGCACAGACCUCCGCGGAGGACGCGGAGAAGCCGACUACUGCUCCCGAGGGUGACGAGGCGCUCAUGCGGGGCAAGCCCAAGCUGAUCAUUAGGAACAUGCCGUGGUCCUGCCGCGACCCGACCAAGCUGAAAAAGAUCUUCGGUAGGUUCGGAGUGGUUGCGGAGGCCUCCAUCCCGCGCAAAGCGGAUGGAAAGCUGUGUGGGUUUGCAUUUGUCACGAUGAAGAAACUCUCCAACUGCCGGAAGGCCAUCGAGGAAUGCAAGGGCCUCAAGAUCGACGGCCGUGAGGUGGCAGUGGACUUUGCGGUGCAGAAGAGCAAGUGGGAAGACUACAAGAAGACGCAUCCUGAGUCUGACGAGGAAGAACAGGUCGACGAAGGAGAAGAAUCUGAAGCUGAGGGGGAUGAGGACGGCUCCGAUGCCGAGGGAGACGUGGCUGAGGCAAGCGAUGAGGAAAGCGGGGAGGAAAGCGAAUCAGGUGACACUUCAGCUGCAGAAACAGACUCCGUCAGCAGGCCACAGGAGGCCCCUAGAAAUAGAAGAGAGAACUUCUCUGUAUUUGUGCGGAACGUGCCCUACGAUGCUACGCAGGAGACAUUGGAAGCUCACUUCAGUAAGUUUGGUCCGGUAAAAUAUGCUCUGCCAGUACAGGACAAGGAGACCGGUCUUCCAAAGGGCACAGCCUUUGUCGCAUUCAAGGACGAAUCCACAUUCGACACAUGCGUGGCGAACGCGCCUGUUGUGGAUUCGAAGUCGCUGCUGAUUAGCGAUGACGUUGCGCCAGAGUACGUUUACGAGGGCAGAAUUCUAGCAAUUACGCCUACCCUGGAUAGAGAGACGGCAAACAGAAUUUCCGAAAAGAAUGCGGUGAAGCGGAAGGAAGCAUUGGGGAUCGCACCCUCGGAGAGGGAUAAGCGCAACCUGUACCUGCUGAACGAAGGUAGGAUAUCUACAAACUCCAAACUGGCUCAAUUGAUGUCCAAGACCGACCUGGAAGUAAGGGAAAAAUCUUAUGCCCAGAGGACGGAGCAGUUGAAGAAAAACCCUGAACUACAUCUUUCUAUGCGCAGACUUGCCGUAAGGAAUAUUCCUAGAGCCAUGGGCGAGGCUGCCUUGAAAAUAUUAGCGCGUAAAGCGGUUGUUGAGUUUGCUAAAGAGGUCAAGGAGGGCAAGAGACACUCUCUAUCCAAGGAAGAGAUCUCAAGAUCCACCUGGGACAAAUACAGGUCAAUGACGGAGGAAGAGAUCGAGGCGCAGAAGAAGAAAGACAAGAAACGCGGUUUAGUCAAGCAAGCUAAAAUCAUUAAGGAAGUGAAAGGGUCUGUCGUCGGCAGAAGUAAAGGGUACGGUUUCAUUGAGUAUAGAGAUCAUAAGGCGGCCCUUAUGGGUCUAAGAUGGCUCAAUGCCCACCAAGUUACACAAGAGGAAAUUUUAGAAGGAAUGACAGAGGAGGAAAGAAAAGCCGCCGAUGACGAUGGCCAGACCAAGAGAAGACUCCUUGUGGAGUUCGCAUUAGAAAAUGCCAACGUGCUCAAGACACGGAAGGAGAGGGUUCAACGCUCCAGAGAUUUUGCUCCUAGGGGCUCAGAAGGCGGCGAUGCUGAGGAACAUAAGAGGGAAAAACGCCCUAGAGACUUCAACUCGAGGGGCUCACAAGGCGGUCAUUUUGAGGAUCGGAAGAGGGUAAAACGCUCCAGAGAAUUCACCUCUAGGGGUUCAAAAGGCGGUUAUGCUGAUGAUCGUAAGAGGGACGCGCCGGCUAACAAGAAACACAAGCCUCAAGAUAACAACGAGAAGGCAAACAAAAGCGGCCUAUCUGACGAUGUGAAAAGGCUGAUCGGCAUAAAGCGCAGGAGAAAGCAUGGCAAAAGGAGCUGA